AAUCAACGGGCUGCACACGCACGACACGGAUACACUGUAACCGUGCAAAACCUCUCCACAGAAACAACUGCAAAGAGACAUGUCCGAGUUGCUUCAGGAAUUGUCGGGAUCCCGGCAGUGAACAAAAAAAAACACCCCCUGAGCCCUUGUUGUGAAAUGUUCCUCUCCUCCCAGACGAGUCACUGCGGAGAUGCGACUGUUGCUGCCCUGAGGAGCAGGGCUCCAGUGCGCGCCUUGACCGCAGUGCCGCGAGAGCUCUGUGUUUCCUCUCCUUAUCAACGCCGAUAAAAUGCAUGUCUCACUGGCUGAGGCUCUGGAGGUUCGGGGAGGACCACUAGAGGAAGAGGAGAUUUGGGCUGUCUUAAGCCGAAGUGCAGAAUGCCUACAGGAUCUGUUUCACAAAGCUGACCCUGUUGCUCUAGGUUUUAUCAUCUCUCCCUGGUCUCUGCUGCUGUUACCCUCUGGCAAUAUUUCUUACACUGAUGAGAAUGUUUCCAACCAGGAUCUACGAGCAUUUACAGCCCCUGAGGUUUUGCAGAGUCAGACUUUAUCUUCGCUGUCACAUGUUGAAAAGAUGCACGUGUAUUCUCUUGGAAUGACUUUGUAUUGGGGAGCCGAUUAUAAAAUACCUCUGAACCAGCCAAUCAAUCUUGGGGAUCACCUGAAUAGCAUAUUACUGAAUAUGUGCGAAGACCAGAUGUACACACGGGUGACAAUACGGACUAUUCUAGAUGCUUGCAGUGCUCAUAUCCGGAACAGUAACUGUGCACCAGCUUUUUCAUACAUCAAACAGCUGGUAAAACUUGUCUUGGGUAGCCUAACAACUCUGAAUCAACCAUCCUUAUAUCCAGUCAGUAAACCAGAUCGCAACCAGGAAAUUCGGGAUCGACUGAGAGGCAAGGGCCUUCUAACAGAACGAAGUACAGCUCCCAAGGCAACGGAAAAAUACAAAGCACAAUUCUUUGAGCAGGCGUCACUGAAUCGAGGGCUUAGUAAGUCUAUGGGGUUCUUGGCGAUUACUGAAAGGACGUCAGAUUUGGACUCUUACCACACUGCCUCUGGACAUGAAGAUACAGUAGAUCUGUAUGACAAGCCUCAAUCUAGACCUAACUGUUUGAAUAGGAAGUCAAAUUCCAGUGGAGAUCCUGUUCAUAGGAAGCCCUGGACCUCCACAGUUGAUCUAGGUUUUUAUGGUAGGAAAAUGAUAUCACCUGGGGAUAAUACUCAUCAAGGCAGCUUUUGUCCACAGGGGAAGGGCAGGCAGAUUAAGAACAUCAUCCAAACCAGAGAGGCGAAGUAUACAGACUUUGGGCAAGUUCCAGCUUCAAUAGGUCUUCAAAAAUCUCACCAGACGUCGGAACUUUAUAUCUCUUCUGCCCUCUCAGGGGCUUAUGAAAGGAUUAAAGAACGGCAAAAGAAAUUGCAAGUUCUGAGAGAAGCAAUGGACAUGGAUGAACCUACAGGAUUAUAUUCAGUUCGCCAUAGUGAUAUGUACAGCACAGCAAGUGAAAACCCACCUCUCAUUUCUUCUGAUCCAGAUUAUCGACAAGUCCACAGGAAUGAUGAUGUUAGAAGGUACAGUUCUCAAGCAGGUCUUGCUGGGGAAGAUGAGUUCUUGACAGACUCAUACGUUCCAAACAAAAGAUCCAGUCUGUAUGAGGUUCCAGCAGACGAUAAUGUAUUGAGCCAAGAGUUAAUGUUGAAACGUCAGGAGGAAGAGCUAAAGCAGCUCCAAAGCAGGCUAAAUCAAAAGCAGUUCCAAUCAGGAUUUCAUCAAGCUGACAUGGUCAAAGCAUCCAUGUUAGACAUCACCAGGGAUCCUUUGAGAGAUGUAGCAUUGGAAACAUCACUGACACAAAGAAAAUUGAAGAAUUUCUUUGGACCUGAGUUUGUUAAAAUGAUCAGUGAACCUUCAGUUGCGCUGGAUCUUCCUACAUCAAUCCUGACUAAGAAUGGAAAGGGGGAGGACAUUCGUCGAAAAGUGAACAUCAUGUUGUUAAGUGGACAGUGCUUGGAAUUGACCUGUGACACCAAGUCAACGUGCAAGGAUGUGUUUGAUAUGGUGGUUGCUCACAUUGGCCUGGUGGAACAUCAUUUUUUUUCCUUGGCCUAUUUAAAAGAAAAUGAAUUUUUUUUUGUUGCUCCUGAUUGUAAAUUGUCCAAAGUGGCUCCAGAGGGAUGGAAAGAGGCUAAGAAAAAGAACAGAAUUACAGUAAAUUUCAUCCUUUUUCUCCGAAUAAAAUUUUUUGUAGAAGAUGUUGGCUUAAUCCAGCAUACGCUGACCAGGCAUCAGUACUAUUUGCAGUUGCGGAGGGAUAUAUUGGAAGAGAGGUUGCACUGCAAUGAUGAAACAGCCUUGCUGCUUGCUUCAUUAGCUCUUCAAGCUGAAUUUGGGGACUACCAGCCAGAGUUUCAUGGGAUGAGUUAUUUCAGGCUUGAGCAUUAUUUGCCAAUUGGAGUGAUGGAAUCUUUGGAGGAGUCUUACAUGAAGGAGGAGCUGCCCAAACUGCACAUCACAUAUUGUGGGGCCGCAGAAGCAGAAUCUGAACUUGAGUUUCUAAAGGUAUGUCAAAAGCUGCCUGAGUACGGAGUGCUGUUCUAUCGGGUUCUGCCAGAAAAGAAAUCUCUAACAGGAAUAAAUCUGGGCAUUUGUUCCAGAGGUGUCAUUGUUUAUGAGAUUCAAAAUGGAGUCAGAACUGUAGUCCUUCGAUUUCCAUGGAGAGAUACCAAAAAAAUCGCUUUCAGUAAAAAGAAGAUUACAUUGCAGAACACUUCAGAUGGCAUAAAGCAUCUGUUUCAGGCAGAUAGCAGCAAGACCUGUCAGUAUCUUCUGCACCUGGCUUCAUCCCAGCACAAAUUCCAGCUGCAGAUGAGGGCACGAAAGAACAAUCAGGACUUGCAGGAAAUUGAAAGUUUAUCUGUCAGCAACCUGAGCUACAGUGGAGACUCUGCAGGUUUAUUCGCCAUGGGCAGGGUGAAUAGUAGUAUCAGUCUUGCCACCAGUGCGCACAGCAAAAUAACAGAUCAGUCACAGUUAAUGCGUUCUGAACUUCUGAAACGCAUGUCCAGGUCGGAGGCAGCACUGAAUCAGCCCCUAUACAGCAUCUCAAAAGACAAGAUAUCUAGUACUCUGUGGGACCAACGUCCACCCAUCCUCAGCAAAUCCUACUAUGAUCUUAGCCAAGUCUCGGAGUCAAAACGAAGAAGUACGCCCAACUUUAUCCACCAGUUGUUUCGUUCUUCAAAUCUUCUGGAAGGGGACACCGAACGCAAAGUUAAAUGUCCACGCCCUCGAUCAGAUACCGAGUCUGUGGCGGGAAGUGAGCAACGAAUCAAAAGCAGUGUCAUCAAUCCAAAGAAGUCUCAGGCUGCCUUACACCGAAGCCCUGCCCGAAGAAACCCGGGGUCCGACUCAUCAUCCACUGAAGACUCUAACCAAGCAUAUGCCAUAGAUACGCUUCAUCAGAAAUUUAGUGCAUUGCCUUCACCCGAGAGAGAGCUUAGAUUUAUAAAACUGAAGAAGGAUGUGAAACACGGCUUAGGUUUUCAGAUUGUUGGUGGAGAAAAAACUGGCAAACUGGACAUGGGAAUUUUUGUCACUACAAUCAUGCCAGGCGGGCCAGCAGAGCUUGAUGGAUCUUUGAAUCCAGGUGAUCGCCUGAUAUCUGUAAAUGGAGUCAGUUUGGAAGGUGUUACCCACAACAGAGCAGUUGAAAUUUUGCAAAAUGCCCCUGAAGAUGUGAUGCUGAUGGUCUCUCAACCUAAAGAAAAACUUUAUAGAGGAACUGAACUUUCUUCAGUAUCUCCUCUGAAUAAAAAAGGAACGAGGAGCCAGUCGAGAAGUCCUUGUAAUUUAGGAAGACGGGAUUAUGAAGAAGUGUCAUCUUCAGAAGAACAUAAUGGAUCACGUGGUCACCAGAGAACUCAUCCAAUAAGAGCUUCUGUUCCACCUGAGGAAAAACGAAGAGGAAGUACGAGCUCCCAGGACUCUAGAACUGAAAGUGCCGGUCUUUCACAAAGCCAAGUGAAUGGUUUCUACAGAAAUCGGACUGCCUCUAGAACACAGCAAUGUACUAACUACAAAGAAGUCUCUGCACUUAUGGCAUUGAGGCAGGAUAUGAUCCAAAAUGCCCUGGACAAGACAGGACAUUUAAGCAACAUUAAUGCCGAAACACCUAAAGAAACAGAUUGCUCUGAUCGAGGUGACUCUGACAUGGAUGAGGCAACUUAUUCCAGCAGUCAAGAGCAACAAAGCCCUAAAAAGGAUUCUGCAACAGAUAAGACCAAAAGAAGAGCUUUUUCUGAUACCAAGCAAAGCACUUUGCUAAAGCCAGGAGACAUUUUCGAAGUGGAAUUGUCAAAAAUAGAGAACAGCUUGGGCAUUAGUGUCACGGGUGGUAUUAACACAAGUGUGAGACAUGGCGGGAUUUAUGUCAAAGCCAUAAUACCAGGUGGAGCAGCUGAGGCCGAUGGACGUAUUAGGAAAGGUGACCGCGUUCUUUCUGUGAAUGGAAUCUGUCUGGAGGGUGCAACGCAUAAACAGGCUGUAGAGACUCUGAGGAGCACAGGACAAGUUGUUAAUCUAUUACUGGAGAAGGGGCAGCUUCCUGCGACCAGUGUUCAUGCUCCUGUCACUCCACAGUGCACACCUCCAUGUGCAGCCAAUCAAAAUGCACUGUGUGAAUCAUCUGACAAACAAGAACUAGUCUCAAAAUCCAUGCCAUCAGCUGCCAAAGAUUACACUUUUGUUAAUGAUGAUAACAUAUUUAAGGUGAAGUUAAUAAAGAGUUCCUCUGGACUGGGUUUUAGUUUUGCUGAAGGCAAUGACGUUGAUCUUGAGCGCUGCAGAAAUGUGGUAAAAAUAAAGAAACUAUUUCCUGGGCAACCAGCAGCGGAGUGUGGGGAGAUUAAUGUUGGAGAUGUCAUACUGCAGGUGAAUGACAUUCCUUUGAAAGGGCUGUCAAAGCAGGAAAUAGUGUCUGUUCUCAGACGGACAUCUAAAGAGGUCACGCUGUUACUUUGCAGGCCUGAAUCUGGUGUGUUACCAGACAUUGAUUCCUCUUUGAAUGUAAAUGAUUCCCAGACAUAUGGGACUAAAUUACAGAAACAGUGCUUGGACAGCUCACUGAUAUCUGGACAGAUGAAUAACAGUACUGCGGAUGAAGGUGAAGUAGAAAUUGAAAAUGAAUUUCAAAAUCCAAGGCUGAAGUCUCCUUCUCGAAGGAAUAGCUAUAGUGACAGCUCAGAUUGUGAUGAUUUUGAUAAGCUUUCCAUGUUAAAAGAUGAUGUGAGUCACAACAAAAUGAUCGCCGUUUGUCAAAUAUCCGGGACUUCGAUAUCUUUCUCCAGCAACCAAUAUGAACUGCCAUGCAACCAGGGAGGAACCGUCCAACCUAUUUACUUCUCUCCACCAGAAUCUUCUAAACAUGAGCUAAUUAACAGAAAGCCACCUUCACCAGUGCUUCUAAACCUUAUGUCGCAUCAAGGCUUCGGACUUGAAACUGAGGUUCCCUCUCCUACUCCGGUAGAUGAAAAGUGCAUUAGUUCCAGUUCAAGAUCUGAAAUAGAAUCUUCAGCCUCUUCAAACAUUAUAACCACUUCAGCACCACAUCAGGACAGCGAGCACCUUGAAGAGGAGGAGGAAGAAGAUGAAUUACAGCCAACCCUUUUACGUGCAAGAUGGGUUAAUCCAGAAGUGGAGUUGCAUAUUACUUUGAAGAAAUCAGAAAAGGGGAGUUUGGGAUUUACUGUCACAAAAGGGGAUGCUAACAUUGGUUGCUACAUACAUGACAUCAUCCAGGACCCAGCAAAAAGUGAUGGAAGAUUAAGACCUGGUGACAGAUUGAUAAUGGUGAAUGGUGUUGACAUCACCAGCAUGAGCCAUGCAGAAGCAGUGGAUUUUCUUCGAUCUAUCCCAGAUACAGUCACUUUGGUAAUUGGACGGAUCCUGGAAAUACCAGAGUUUCCAGUAAAACCGCAUAUGCUCCCAGAUAUCACAAUGAUGUGCCACAAGCAUGAACUAGGCCUGUCUGUGGCAGGAGGCAGUGAUACUGCAUACCAAAUAAUUUACAUAAGUGGCAUUGCCCCAGGAUCAGCUGCUGACUUAGAAGGAAGUCUGCAACCAUUGGAUGUUAUCCAUCAUAUUAAUGGCAUUAGCACACAUGGAAUGACAACAGAUGAGGCAAGAAAAACCCUUCAAAAUGCAGGCCCUGCCAUCACCUUAAAAGUUACAAGAGAUGGAGAGCCUGUAUUUGCAAAAGUAAUGGAAUCUUCCAUUCAGUGCAAUGACAAAUGUAUAAAAUUUAAUGAACCUGUUGAAAUUAAUGGAGAUCUCCAUGGGAACAGGCGAAGUGCAUGUGAUCCAGUGUCUGUAAAGAUAUCAGGGAAUAAUGUGAUGCACUUUGAACUACAGAAACCUAUCUCAGGAGGAUUAGGGUUCUCCUUAGUAGGUGGCGAAAGUGGUGUUUUUGUAAAGAGUGUUCACCCUGGUGGUGCAGCUGCAAUGGAUGGAAGGCUACAAGUUGGUGACCGAUUACUUCAGGUAAAUGGGGAAUGUGUAGUUGGAGUUUCCCACACUAAAGCAGUGACAACAAUCCGCAGAGCCAAAGGAUUGGUGAGUUUAACUGUCUCCAGAGCUAAAUCCUCCAGCAAAGUGAGAAGUACAAACAAGGAUGCUGAUGCCAUGCAUUCUUUCUCCAAAGUGCAGUGUGAUGCAGAUAUCACUGACCGAGAAGCUGAAGUUCUGCAAUCUCUGAGUGAUAUUGUUCAGCAGGAAGUCAAUAAAUAUUUUUCUUUGAAUCCACCGCACUCUACACCAAAAGAUACUCCAGAGAAAGAUGCACAUUUUGUGAAGGGGCCUGGUACUGCUAACUGUAUAGGUGAACUGAAGGAAGAAGAGAAGUCUGUUAAAUCUGAGGAUACAGAUUGUGAAGGUUUUUCAUUGCCUGAAGACUCCCCUGAGCCAUCCAGAAAGAAUGGUUAUCAUUUCUCAACUAAUAUAGUGAAAGCAAUUAAAGAGCUCUCUGUUGAAGAUACAACAUCACAAAGGGUACCCAGACUGUGUCACAUGGAGAACACAGAGCAGGGCGAGGUUACCUGGGGAAGUGAUGAACUUCCAGUUGAUACUUUGCAGCGGGAUCCUUCACCCAUAGAUGAAUGGCCAAUGGCUAAAGAGAAGCUUACCACACUUUCUGUUGUAAAGGUGCCUCCAGAAAGCCAGUACACAGGCUCCAAACUGGAUGCAAUCCUUAAAACAUUGCAUGGACUGCUAGAACAGCAUAUUCCAUCGCAGGAGUUUGAGAAUCUGCAAGAUCUGAAACCUUUGGAUGAAUGUUUGAUUGGGCAAACAAAAGACAAUCGGAGGAAGAACAGAUAUAAAAAUAUACUGCCUUAUGAUGGCACACGAGUUCCUCUUGGAGAAGAGCAAGGAUACAUUAAUGCCAGCUUUAUAAAAAUACCAGUGGAUAAGAAAGACUAUACAUAUAUUGCAUGUCAAGGACCUCUACCUCAUACACUGGCAGACUUUUGGCAAAUGGUUUGGGAACAGGAGUCUAAUAUCAUUGCUAUGAUGACCCUGGAGGUCGAAGGAGGAAAGGUCAAAUGUCAAAGAUACUGGCCAGAACUUCAGGGAAAGUCAAUAAUAAUAAACAACAAGAUUAAGAUAAUUCUUCAAAGUUGCCAGCCAUUGGAAGACUUUAUUAUUCGGAAAAUUGAGAUGAUUGACUUACAGAGUGGCGAGUCACGGCAAGUAACCCAUCUGAACUUUACUGCCUGGCCAGACCAUGGGACCCCAGAACAACCAGAACAAUUAGUCACCUUUCUCAGCUACAUGAGAUAUAUCAAAUGUUCUACCCCCAUUAUUGCCCACUGUAGUGCAGGAAUUGGUCGUUCUGGGACCCUUAUUUGUCUAGAUGCAGUGUUGACAUUCAUCAGUAAAGGUCUUGAUUUUGACAUUUCUCAUAUUGUUGAAACUAUGAGAUGCCAACGACAUGGGAUGAUCCAGACUGAGGCUCAGUAUGUAUUCUGCUAUCAAGUCAUCCUACAUAUUCUCACACAACUUCAACUAAAGGAGAAAGAAAUGACAAAGGCACAGUAAACAUUUUCGAAAUGGUUAUAACUGGAAAGUUGUCACCUUACUGCAGGAACAAAAAGCUGCUUCACCACCAACCAACUAGCCUUAUUCUAUAAAUAUAUGAAUACUUUAUUAUUUUGACCUCAAAGACAAUAUGAAUAUGUUUAAAGAACAACUUGUGGGACAAAAUACAGAAUUAAGCAAAACAUUGUCAAAAGCUGAAUAUUUCGCAGUUGCUAGCAUCUGUUACAAACUGGAAAUGUAAACUCACAAAAUCACUAUGCCUUAUGCAAAUAUUGAACUGUGGUAAUAUUUAAGAAUUUAUGACAGCAGCUGCAUUUGAAACAUACAUUGCUAAUGCUGACCAUGUUACAAAUGCAUUCAGUACAGAUUGCAAUAUUUGUUAGAAACCAUUCAAUGCAUUCAUUCUUGAUUAUUGUAGGGUUACCACUGUAUAGACAAAAAUGAAAACAGUAUUGAUUUUAUGCCUUUGAAAUUAUUUACAAUAGUAAUGGCAGGUUUCCUGUAUAAUAUACAAUUUUAAAAUGCCUAUUCAUUUAAAAUGUUUCUUGUACAUAGAUACAUUUAACAAAUUUAUCUGGAUAUAUCUAAAUGUAUUAUUAACUGGAUACUCCAAAAUUGUAAAUAAAAUGUGGAAAUGCCCCAAUGGAGGUGCUUUCUUGUAAAAAGUA